UCAUGACCCCAUCAAAGUAACAGGCCCAUCUCCAUCUAUAUGCAAAAAUGGUUAUGCCUCUCUUCUUUCCAGAUCAGAUGACUAAAAAAGUGGCAAAAAGAAAGAUUGAGUGAAUUCAGGAAGAAGCUUGAAAUUGAUGGACUGAAAACUACCUUUUUAAUUUGAUCCACCUUCGAUAAUUAUGUCUUCUCCACCGCCACUCCUAUUAAGCCAUUUCAUGCAUGUCCACAUCUAUUUAGUAAAUUCAACCUAUAUUUUACGGUUGGUAACAACAACAGAAAGAUCCAAAUGGCCUUAGAUUUUCAGAUUGACGGAUUCCACAUAGUGCCCCAAUUUUCCAAUGAUUUCAACUUGAGAAACUCCUUUCUUUGCCAUCUCUUUUUAACUUCUUCUUAUUAAUAAUGCACUGCUUUCCUUUCUACUCCGUCACCACUCUUCUGAGCCUACUAGCUAGCUUUACAUAUUUUCUUUCAUUUCCAUAUCUCCAUUGAGCAAUUACAGAAAGGGAGUUGCUAUGGGGCUUUCUAUAAGUGAAAUUUUGAUUGGAUGAUGAACAUAAAACAACCUAGUGGCGUACUCAGAAAAGCAAGCGAGUUGUCUGCUGAGAUAUUGUUUCAGAUUUAAGCAGAAUAUUGAACAUUUCUACCGAUAUCUGAUUCCUAAGUGGGUUCUUAAGAUCAACAAGCUUUGUGUUUCUCAGUACUUGUGGGCACCGGAGAAGUCCUUGAAGUGGCAGCAGCGCGUUGUUCAAACAUCAGCGUGAACAAGAGAAAUUUUACUUGAAAAUAAUCACUUCAACUGUAGUUUUACAGCAUAGGUUCAAUGUUCAAGUUUGUCGAAACCAUAUGUCGAAAUCGGUUGCAACUAUAGUUGGAGGUGCUGCAGGGGCACUUGCUUUAAUGGCAGUAUUCGUUGGACUUGUGUGGUUCUGCAAGUCACAAUGUAAAAAUGUUUCAAACAAGAAUUCAGAGACAGGUUCCUCAGAUCCAUCCGCACUUGUUGAGUGGAAUAGAGGGGCUGGAUCAAUUUCAGCCACAGGCCAGCCUCUAUCUGGAGCCCAUGGAGCACGGCAGUUCACAAUGGCAGAGUUGGAGCAAGCCACCAGGCCAUUUAGUGAAAGUAGUCUCAUUGGCUAUGGAAGCUUUGGUCCAAUAUACAAAGGCCUGCUUCUCGAUACUGUAGUUGCUAUCAAAAGGCGCCCUGGUCCUCCUCGACAAGAAUUUGUUGCAGAGGUUAAUCAUUUGUCAGCGAUCCGACAUCGCAAUUUAGUUAGUCUUCUGGGUUACUGCCUGGAAAAUGGCUCUCAAAUGUUGGUGUUUGAAUAUCUACCAAAUGGCAACAUGUGCAAUCAUUUAUAUGAUAUGGGGCAAGAGCCAUCGGCUAAACUGGAGUUCAAACAGAGGGUAUCCAUAGCUCUGGGAGCAGCUAAAGGUUUAUGCCAUUUGCAUAGUCUAAGGCCUCCCUUGCUGCACAAAAACUUUAAAACAGCCAAUGUAUUGGUUGAUGAGAACUUCAUUGCUAAAGUUGCAGAUGCUGGAGUCUCAACUUUACUUGACAAAAUAGAAGAAGCAGACCCAUCUCACAUGACUAAUGUCAAUGUUUUCCAAGAUCCAGAGCUAGAAGGACCCGGAGGCUUCACAGAAAAGAGUGAUGUUUAUAGCUUUGGCGUUUUUCUUUUCGAGCUUGUAACCGGACAUGAGGCUUCACAUAUUACCUCCCUGGGAUCUUAUGAAGCCUUAAUUGAAUGGGUCCGAUCAAGAUUGAGUUUAAACGAUUUUGUGGACCGUCGCCUGGUGGGAACUUUCACUACAGAUGGAAUCAGGGACUUGAUCAGGCUGACUCUACAAUGCAUGAGCUCUCCUGGAAGCAAGCGGCCAAAAAUGGAAAUGGUUAUGGUUGAACUUGAACGGAUUCAUGAGAAAGAAAUGGCAUUAACAACAUUUAUGGGCGAGGGAACUUCUACAAUUACUCUAGGUAGUGAACUAUUUACUUCAAAAUGAAAUAAGAAGGGGUCCUGUACAGGGAUUCAUAUGAAAGUAUAUAUUUAAACUAUGUACUUUUUCUGAAUCCAUUUCCAGUUGAAUUCAA